AUGUGGGCUUUCUGCAUUGGAGCUCUGGUAAUCAUAAGCAUCACACAUUGGCUUUACAGCUGGAGAAAUCCCCGAUGCAAAGGAAAACUCCCUCCAGGUUCAAUGGGCUUGCCACUCCUUGGUGAGUCCCUCCAGUUCUUCUCUCCCAACACUUCUUCUGACGUUCCUCCGUUCAUCAAAAAAAGGACGGAUAGGCAUGGGCCGAUAUUCAGGACAAAUUUGGUCGGACGACCGGUCGUUAUAUCAACGGACCCGGAUCUCAACUACUUCGUCUUCCAACAAGAGGGACAUUUGUUUCAAAGCUGGUACCCGGAAACAUUCACACAGAUAUUUGGACGACAGAAUGUGGGAUCAUUACAUGGGUUCAUGUACAAGUACCUUAAGAACAUGGUGCUGAAUCUUUUUGGUCCUGAAAGCCUGAAAAAGAUGCUCCCUGAAGUUGAAAAGGCAGCAACCAGAGGAUUACACCGGUGGUCAUGUCAGGACGCCGUUGAAUUAAAAGACGCAACUGCAAGUAUGAUUUUUGAUCUGACUGCAAAGAAACUGAUCAGUUAUGAAGCGGAUAACUCCUCAGAGAAUCUAAGGGAGAACUUCGUUGCAUUCAUACAGGGAUUAAUUUCCUUCCCUUUGGACAUUCCUGGAACAGCUUACCACAAAUGUUUACAGGGUAGGAAAAGGGCAAUGGGGAUGCUGAAGCGCAUGCUACAGGAAAGACGGGCAAUGCCCAGGAAGCAGCAAAGUGAUUUCUUUGAUUAUGUUCUUGAAGAGCUUAAAAAAGAUGGAACAAUUCUCACAGAGGAAAUUGCUCUGGAUUUGAUGUUUGUGCUACUGUUUGCCAGCUUUGAAACCACCUCCCUGGCUCUAACUUUAGCAAUCAAGUUUCUUUCAGACCAUCCUCUAGUGCUGAAGCAAUUAACGGAAGAGCAUGAGGCAAUUCUUAACAAUCGGGAAAAUGCUGAUUCUGGACUUACAUGGAAAGAAUACAAAUCAAUGACAUUUACAUUCCAGUUCAUAAAUGAAACAGUAAGAUUGGCAAAUAUAGUUCCAGGGAUCUUCCGCAAAGCACUGAGAGAUAUUCAGUUUAAAGGAUAUACCAUUCCAGCAGGUUGGGCCGUUAUGGUCUGUCCCCCAGCUGUACACUUGAACCCUGCAAAAUAUGAAGAUCCCCUCGCUUUCAAUCCAUGGAGAUGGGAGGGAGUGGAAUUAAAUGGUGCAUCCAAACAUUUCAUGGCUUUCGGUGGUGGCAUGAGGUUCUGUGUCGGAACCGAAUUUACUAAGGUGCAAAUGGCAGUGUUUCUCCAUUGUUUGGUAACGAAGUACAGGUGGCAAACAAUCAAAGGAGGAAAUAUUGUUAGAACUCCUGGUUUACAAUUUCCAAAUGGAUUUCACAUUCAGCUCUGUAAGAAGGAUACAAGGAAACAGGACACAACUCUACAUAACCAAAGCUGAGCAAUGCACAGGCAAGUCAUUUGUGUGACUAAAGACAAUACUAAAGGUUCCAGCUUGGCGCCAUGCCCAUCAGGAUCACUGGU